GCUGAGCCUUUACUGUGUUUAUUUCCCCAGAACAACAUUUAACAUUUUGCAGGAGCUGAGCUACGGGACUUUUUAACCCUCCUGCAACGCACACAGCUCAAUUAUCUCAUGGUUUGUACAUUUAGAAGUGCAUUUCACCUCUGUGUUUUUGCAUUAAAAUAGCAAAGUGACGCAAAGUUAUAAAAGGUGAUAUGUAUUCGACUGUUAACUUGGAGUCACGUUAGCUAGCGUGUUGCUAAGCUAGCUGCAGUUUUGUUUUCAGCACAACGAAGUUUGUCUGUGAUGGCUUUAGCAGGACAAUGGUGAGUUAAAAUGUAUUUUAUAGAUAACAUACAUUUCGCCGCUUCUCUUUGUGGUAAAUACAACUGGAUAUUAUAUGCGGCGUUUUCCAUAUUAGCAACAACGUACUGUGCUGAAGGCUACUUAAAGAGCAACUUGCAGAGUUUAUUUUUUUACUGCAUUUAUGCUUAACCUUGCCUGAAAAUUACAAUAAAAAAAGUUAAGGCAGGAUUUUACAUGUUUUACGAGACAUAAGGGCUGGAAUUCAGAGGGGAAAGUAGCCGUUUUGAGCUCUGCUACUAACAACUUUUUUUAAACGUCAUACGUCAAACGCGUCAUAAUACCUCACAUAGGGGAGCAACCGCGCCCCGUUAGUAGUUGGUUUGAGCGGUUGUGAUUUAGUGAGCUGGUAUUUUUUCGGUAGUUUUACAUCAUGGUGAGCCAUUGUGUUUGUGCUGGUUGCUCAAACUCCAGCUUGUCAGGAUAUCGAGUCCACAAUUUCCCUAACAGGAAAAGGACCGCAGCUAGCUUUAGUUCCUGGGUGCGUUUUGUGCAGGCGAAGAGACGGGACUUCACUACCGCAUCUGCGACGAAAAACGCGGUCGUUUGUGGCGCUCAUUUUAGACAGGAGGAUUAUGAGGCAGGUGAUCUGAUGCAGUUCAGGAUGGGAUAUCGAAGCCAGGACCGUGUGAGGCUGAUAGCUAGUGCGGUUCCGUCUAUACACCCAGCUUCUUUAUCAGCUCCGGUAGCAGCAGCAGCAGCAGCCGGUGGCGGGAGUGAUGGUCAAGGAUCGGUCAGAAAAUCUGAGAUGUCUUCUGAACACCCUGCGGUUGCGGGUGGGCUUGCAGGAAAGUCCACUUCGUCCUCUGGGGUGAAAGGAAACAUAAAUUGGGACUGUGACAGCAGCUUGGAUCAGAUCACGGUUGUGAGGAUCGACGACACACACAUCGCGGAGGAUAAAGACUCCGUGGCGUGCUACGAUGUGGAGUACUCCAUUCCCACUGAGGAGGAGGCUAACGACGAGGACGACGGCGUCUACGUCAUUGAGUACUCAAACCCCGAAGAGGAGGGAGAGAGCUACCAGUUCACCAUGUCUGUGGAUCAACCACUGCCCACCAAAAAGCAGAUAGUUACACAUGCUGCGGCGAGAGAGAGCGUGAUGUCCAAACCCUCUAGACCUCAGAGGCUGCGGCGGAAGAGGGACCUAGAGGAGGAGGAGGAGGAGGUGGUGAGUAAUAAGUGUUUGCUUGAGCUUGGGGAGGACUACAGGGACAUUAUGAGGAUGAACUCUGAUAAAGAGCAGCUGGUGUGCAAGCUCUGCCCGUCACCCGGACGCUUUUUCAAGAAAGCUGCCGGUCUGGCCGUGCAUCUGAGACACACGCACCAGUUUGGGGGGAGGACGUACUUCUGCACCACCUGCCAGCGGUCGGUCCGCACUCAGUCGGAUCUGGAUUCACACACCAAACGCCACGCCAAUCAGGAAGCUGUGUUCACCUGCCUGCUCUGCAAGGCGCAGGAGGGCAAGGCGGGGUACACAGGGGCCAAGCUCGGUCUGAAGAGACACCUGGAGCAGGAGCACCCGGGCGUCGUGCCGCGUUGCGACAUCUGCAACAAAGGCUUCCUGUCGCUCACGUCCUACCUGGCCGAUCAGUUCAGGCACGUCGGAGUGUCGCCGUACUACUGCGCCCGCUGUCAGAUCUACGAGAUGACAGAGCGGGGUCUGAGUGUCCACAUCAGGAACGACAACAUGAGGGAGAAGAAGCUGCAGGAGUCUCGGAACAACCUGCUGGAGCCUGAAAGCAACCUGAGGGAACUCGGAGUCUCCGUCAGCGACGAUAACUCCGCCACAGACGACUCUGACUUCUGACUCUAUUUGUUUUAUUUCCCUCAGUGUUUGAGGACUAAAGCAGCACAAGCUUAGCCACCUUUCUUCAUGCAUCUUUAACAGCUGUGAAUUGAUAUUUUGGAAACAGUUGUUUUGUUUUUUAUUUUCGAAUAAAAGAGAUAGUUUGACA